AUGAAGCAAGACGAAGUUGUUUCAGUUAAAUCCCUUAAAAAUGUCAGUUCUGCCAAGAACGCAGAACUGUUGCAAACUGUCAGCGUCACAGAGGUUGGCAUCUCUAAGCAAUUCAUUUUCGACGAAGAUGACACCAAACUUGAAAAAGCACUCAAGCAGAGACAGCUUGGAAUGAUCACACUAGUCGGUGUUUUUGGUACAGGUUUGUUCCUCAGUAGUGGUGGAACACUUGCCAAGACUGGACCUGUCGGAAUGUGCCUUGCAUACCUGAUCAUUGGUGUUGUUGUCGGUUUGAACCAAAUUGCACUUGCCGAGGUUGCAGCACUGGCUCCACUGACUGGGUCAAGUAUUCGUCAUGCUGAGAUUUUUAUUGAUGAAGCCGUUGGCUUUGCUUUAGGAUGGCUAAAAGUGUGGAAUGCAAUAUUACCAGGAGCACUUGUUUCCACAGCCCUUGUGAUGCAAUAUUGGACCACAGUCUCUCCUGGCGUUUGGAUAACGGUGUUUAUCGUCCCUAUUGCAAUAACCAAUAUCUUUUCAAUUAAGCUCUAUGGAGAGAUAGAGUUUGUCUUUGCGCUAUUGAAAAUUGCGUUGAUCCUCAUUUUGAUUCUAGCAGGACUAGUGCUCGAUCUUGGAGGUGUCAAAGAGCAGCCUCGUCUUGGAUUCCAUUACUGGAAACAUCCAGGACCAUUUGCAGAGCACUUUGCAACUGGAAGUGUUGGCAGAUUUGUUGGAUUCUGGUCGGCAUUAUCCUCUGUGGUUUACUCGUACGGAGGCGUUCAAGCCAUUGCCCUACUUGCGGGGGAAACUAAAAAUCCUCGUACCAACAUUCCCAAGGCUGCCAAAAGAAUAUUGUACAGAGUUGUUGGAUUGUACAUGCUCGCUGUGUUCAUUUUAAGUUUGAUCGUGCCUUACGAUGACAAAAACAUUGCCACCAGCGAUGGUACAGCCGCCCACUCUCCGUAUGUUAUCGCUUUUGAAAGAGGAGGAAUUAAAGUUUUGCCACACAUUGUGAACGCCCUGACACUUUGCUCUGCCUGGUCCGAGGCUAACCUCAACGUGAUGCAGGUGUCAAGAAUCAUGUUUUCACUUGCUGCAAAACAUCAAGCUCCAGCGGCGUUCCUAAAAACCAAUAAACUUUUCAGAGUCCCAGUGUUUGGUGUCGUGCUUGCAUUGCUUUUCUGUGCGCUAGCUUACAUGACAUUGAACUCGACAGCUUCAAAUGUUUUCAGUUGGUUCCAAAAUCUCAGCUCGUCGGUUCUAUUGUUGGAAUGGAUAAUUAUCUCAAUAUCGAAUAUUCGGAUGAAUAAGGCCCUGGUUGCCCAAGGGUACACCAGAAAAGAUCUACCAUACACAAAUCCAAUCGGUAUUGCUGGUGCCUGGAUCUCCCUGCUACUGUCUGUCCUGUUUCUUGUUACGGGAGGUUUCACAACUUUCAUGCACGGACAUUGGGAUACUUCGGUUCUGGUGUCCUCGUAUUGUUCGCCAAUGAUUUUCAUUAUUCUCUACGCAGGCUGGAAAUUGUUUUACCGAACAGAACAGUGGCAACUGCAAGAUAUCUGUCUUCCUGAGCUUUUCGAUGAUUAUCACAGCAAGCCAGAGCCAACUCCAGAGCCUCUUCGUGGAUGGCGCAUUAUUACCUUUUUAUGGGCUUAG